AUGCUAAUUGACAUGACACUUGGAAUGAGGGGUUCCUACUACUCGGAGUCACUUGGCCGUCAGAUUCGGAGUAGUUUCCGCCAACGACCUUAUCUGGCCGAGAUUACCGAACGAAACUUCGGGUUCGACGAGUCUAAGGCGCAAUUAAGCAUGCAAGUGAUCUUUGUGCUCGCCGCCUUAGUGGCCGUAAAUGGCGAUACCUGCGCAAGUCUAAAGGAGUAUAGCGAAAAGAUCGAUCCCGUCGUCUGCACGCAGGCUAUGAGGCUGCCGAACUACGAGGACGCAUCGACCUUCUACCAGUGCUAUUCUAAUAGGACCUACACCGUGAAGAACUGCUCCUCUGGAUCCUUCUUCAACAUGGCGAUGCAGGAGUGCAUGUCCUGCGCCAGCUAUUUCCCGAGCGCCGAGUGCGGCAGCUUGAAGGUCAACGCCACCUGUGUGCCCAUAACGGCCAGCCCCACUGCUGCGCCCAAUACCACCACCGUUGCGCCCACGCCCUCGACCACCGCCGCCCCAGAGCCCACCCCUGCUCCCAGCAACAGCACCACCGCCACCACCGAGGCACCUGGCGAGACCACCACCCAGUCGGUGCCCACGCCACCCACCGAUUCUCCUGCCACCACCGCCAGCACCACCAGCACCACCAACAACGACGACAUCAUCACCCCCUCGGGCACCACCAUCUCGGUGCCCCAGCCCCCCUCCCCCGGCGAGAGCAAUGUCCCCACCCCCGUGACGGCCGCCCCCACGGCCCCGACCAUCAAAGAUUCCCCUCCCACGGCGCCCUCGGCCGCCGUCGCCAAGUAA